AUGGCUGCGAAAGUUGGAAACAUUCUGUGUCGUUCUUUAUUUCGAUCUACUACAACCAAAACAGUUGAUAUACUCACGAAAGUAGGUGCGAAAAAUAUACCAAGAUGUAUUUCAACAGUUGGACCAAAACUUUGCACUUCAAAACCUAAAGCAAACAAGGAAAAGGUUACGAUAAACUUCAUUGAUGCAGAUGGUACCAAAAUGUCUACGAAAGCCACAGUUGGUGAUAACCUACUAGAUGUUGUCAUAGAAAAUGAUAUAGAUAUUGAUGGAUUUGGUGCUUGUGAAGGGACCUUGGCUUGCUCAACAUGUCAUCUAAUAUUUGAUCAAAAAGAUUACGACAAACUCCCCGAGGAACCGACAGAUGAAGAACUUGAUAUGUUAGAUUUAGCUUAUGGUUUAACUGAUACAUCUAGACUAGGUUGUCAGGUUUGUGUAUCAAAGGACAUGGAAGGACUAGUAGUGACAGUGCCAGGAGGUAUAGCUGAUGCUAGAGAUCCCAAUGAAUGA